CUGGGAGGCGAGUGACAUCAAAGCACCCACUCCGUCCUCCUUCCUCUCCGCGGUAAAUUCAAUUCCCUUCAAGCUAAUUUCAAUUUCUAGGGUUUGAUUGCUGGGGGCUCGGACAAUUUCACUUUUUAUGAUCAAUGAUUGGGGAAUUCCGUUUUUUUCCUUCCCCCGAGUGGUUCCCGGCGACUGAUUCAUUGAAUUAAAAUGCUCGGAGUUUAGUGUUGAUGAACUUUCCGGGAUUCCAUUAAUUCGUCUUCUGAAGCAGGUUGCUCUUGCUUCCACUGCGGCCUUCUGCAUGAUUUUCUCCAGAUCCUGAUCGCAGCAGCUUGUUCUUUCCCCGGGUGAGGUGGGGGGUUUCUGAAUUCUCAAUUGGGGAAGGAUGGGGGUUAUGUCGAGGCGGGUUAUACCCGCCUGCGGUAACCUCUGCUUCUUCUGUCCUUCACUGAGAGCAAGGUCAAGACAGCCAGUUAAGCGGUACAAGAAGCUCCUUUCUGAUAUAUUCCCUCGGAAUCAGGAAGCUGAACCAAACGAUAGGAAGAUUGGGAAGCUGUGCGAAUAUGCUUCAAAAAACCCACUGCGGAUUCCUAAGAUCACUGAGACUCUGGAACAGAGGUUUUACAAAGAGUUGCGCCAUGGACGCUUUGGGUCUGUAAAAGUCGUUGCAUGUAUUUACCGGAAAAUGUUAUUUUCCUGCAAGGACCAAAUGUCAUUAUUUGCCAGUAGUUUGUUAGGAAUCAUGCAGACAUUACUGGAGCAGACUCAGCGUGUUGAAUUGCAGACCUUGGCUUGCAACACUUUCGGUGAUUUCAUAAGUAGCCAGGUAGAUGGCUCAUAUAUGUUCAACUUAGAGGGCAUCAUUCCUAAGCUCUGUAGAUUGUCUGAAGGCGAGGGAGACGAUGAAAAUGCUCUGCGUUUGCGUUCUGCAGGACUCCAAGCUCUUGCUUCCAUGGUGUCUUUCAUGGGAGAGCACUCUCACAUAUCGAUGGAUUUCGACAAUAUUAUAUCAGUCACUUUGGAGAACUACAUCGAUUUCGAAAUGAAUGCAGAAAAUAGUGAAGAAGAUCAUUGGACUCAAGAAGUGCGAAAAGCAGAAGAUAAUGCUUCAUCUUUCCCCAAUACCAGUAAGAAAGUCACCUUUGCAAAUGUGGAUACCAAAUCUCAACUGGUCCCCACUGGUGACACGUCAAAAAAUCCAUCUUACUGGUCUCGAGCUUGCUUGUGCAAUAUGGCCAAAUUGGCCAAAGAAGCAUCAACAGUCCGACGCAUUCUUGAACCUCUAUUUCACAACUUUGAUGUCAAUGAUCGUUGGUCCCUUCAAAGUGGAGUUGCAUGCUCUGUCUUGAUGCAGUUGCAAUCCCUUUUGGAGGAAACAGGUGAGAACUCUCAUCUCUUGUUAUCGGGCCUGAUCAAGCACUUGGAUCACAAGAACGUUGCUAAGCAACCUCUUGUGCAGAUAGAUAUUGUUAACAUUGCUGAAAGACUUGGACAGAACUCAAAGCAGCAGUGCACUGUAGCUCUUAUUGGUGCAAUAUCUGAGUUAUUAAAACAUCUGAGAAAAUGCUUCCAAAUUUCAAGUGGAUCGUCCAGCCAAAAGGAUGACCCUGAUAAAUUAAAUAUGGAUCUUCAGUCUGCACUAGAAAAAUGCAUCUUGCAGUUCUCCAACAAGGUCGGCGAUGUGGGGCCCAUACUUGACAUGAUGGCUGGGUUCUUAGAGAAUGUUGCACAUACUGCUGCUGUAGCCAGAACAACAAUCUCAGCAGUUCUGCGAACGGCUCAUAUUAUAGCUUCUGUCCCUAACAUGGUAUACAAUAAGAAGGCCUUUCCCGAUGCUCUCUUCCACCAGUUGCUUAUUGCAAUGGCCCAUCCAGACCAUGAAGUACGAGUUGGGGCACACACUAUAUUUUCCAUUGUGCUUAUACCGUCUCUAGUUUCUCCUUGCUCAUAUCAGAAGAAUACAUCUGAGGCUAUCACUAGAAGCUUUGGUUCAUCGACAAGGAAAAAGACUGAAAGUUUCUCUAUUCGGCAUGCCAGUGAUGAUAAAGCGGAAUCCGCAAAUGGGGAAUCAUCAGGAGAUAUUCAAUUGUCCAUUGUUGCUGAAAAAACAUCUAAAGAAAUUCAGGUGCUUGGUCAUCCAAAGAUCUUAAAGCAGGCUAUCUCUGACGGUUGUAUGCAGGUCACGUCUCUCCGAUUGAGCAGUCAUCAAGUUAGUCUUCUGCUUUCAUCUAUAUGGAUGCAAGCAAUAAAUGCAGAGAAUACACCACUAAACUUUGAAGCCAUGGCUAAUACUUAUCACAUUUGUUUGGUCUUUAGCAGAUCUAAGACAGCCAGUCACAUUGCCCUAGUUCGAUGUUUUCAGCUUGCCUUUUCUCUUAGAAGCAUCUCUUUGGACCAAGAAGCAGGUCUGCUACCUUCUCGGAGAAGGUCUCUCUUCACCUUGUCAUCAUGCAUGCUUUUGUUGUCAGCAAAGGCAGGAAAUGUUCAGGAGCUAAUUCCUUUUGUUCAGGCGUCUCUUAAAGCAGAAACAGUUGAUCCUCAUCUUGAGUUAGUUGAAGAAGUCGGGUCGCCGAAUGUUCACUUGGCAUUGGAUGGACCAAAGAUAGCAUAUGGUUCAGAGGAGGAUGAUGUUGCUGCUUUGAAAUCACUCUCUUGUGUAGAGGCAAAUGAUAAUUUCUUGAAGGAAACUGUGACAUCCCAUUUUAUGACCAAGUUGUCAACAUUGUCAGAGGAGGAAUUACUAGACAUCAAGCAACAACUUCUACAGGGAUUUUCACCUGAUGAUGCAUAUCCGUUAGGUGGUCCAUUAUUUAUGGAGACACCUCGGCCAUGUUCUCCUCUUUCUCAACUGGACACCAAUUCUGUUGAAGAGGACAUAGCUGAAGCUGCUUUGACAGAUGAUGAAACUCUAACUGAGGCUAAUGGGAGCCAGUCAGAUCGGAAAACGUCUCUGUCCAACAAUACGGUAGACAUCAUAGGUGUUAAUCAACUUCUUGACUCGGUCUUGAAAACUGCACAGCAAGUGGCAAGCUCCCAGGUUUCCUACACUCCAUUACCUUAUGAUGAAAUGAUGAGUCAAUGUGAAGCCCUUGUAUCUGAAAAACAGCAAAAGAUGUCAAUGCUUCAUAGUUUCAAGCAUCAGCAUGACACCAGGAUUUUCCCCAGCGAGGACGAACCCAGAAGCAAUGCGGACCUUGACAGAUUAUCUCAAAGCAGUCACCACUCCGAUGAUAGCGAUCAGAGUCAUGCAUCCAAUCAGCUCGUAGUCUCUUCCUCCAUUUCUUCUCUUGGAUGCGGCCAAAAUUCGUUCAGGUUACCACCUUCGAGCCCGUAUGACAAGUUCCUGAAAGCAGCCGGAUGCUGAAGAAAAUAGGCGAGAGACCGCCCGCUUCUUCGUCAAUACUGUACACAAAUGUAACCGAGGCACUGUAUGUCUUCUUCUCUCUUUUCUUCUCAAGCGGGAGGAAUCUGUCCAUAUAGACCUGUAUACAAACGCACACACAAACACCAGGUUCUUGCUCUUACAGCUUCUGUCCAUUCUUUUGCGAUCGGGUAAAUCCAUAUAUGAUUCUUUUAGAAGUAAUCGUAUCGAUGAUAUCAAUGAUCCAGUUUGUUUAAGUUAUUCAAAUUGCCAGCAUUCUUGUGCAAAUGCUGUGCUUGGAAGUCCUGGGGGGAAUAAUGGGAGAGAAUAAUGUAAUAUUGUUUGUGUUGUAUUGCUGGAAUUGUUUGGCAGUGUGCUCUCUCUUACUCAUUGAUUUGUAAAAGAAGAAAAUAGUUAAAUUAUAAGGUGUUCUUUUGAUUGACAUAUUGUUCGACAUGGCAAGCAGGUUGCCUGCCAUGUGGCAAGGCUCGAUAUGCCCCUCGACGUCAUAGGUUCUCAGGGAAUCCCUGAGCACCACGUGUCCCAUAAUAAAAUUGAACUUGUUGGCGCCUCAUUUGGUUAAAGUACCAAUGAAGUCAUAUAAAUUGCACAUAUUGUCAAAU